UCCACUGCCUCCACAGAAGGCGCUUUUGUGCAAACUCAACUCCGAAGAAUGUUGCCUUCGACUGUAAAGAGUAGUGAGUAGCAUCCAUGGAAUACCCUAAGAGAUCUUCGGUUUUAGCUCAAAAUAGAUCACCUUAAUGGAUUGGCAUGGGGGAAAGUCUAUUUACAAACCUGGCUAAACAACAGCUAUGGUGCAUCUUCGUCAUCAUGCUCACUGCUAUCUUUACGCGACAAGCCCAGUGUCAGCAGCCCUGCCAGAUCCAACACUGCAAUGCUGAGUACCUGGCCUUGUCUUCACCACCACCUUCCUCCUCCUCCUCCACCGCCGCCCACUGGGGUCCCACGGCCCCCCUACUCCCCCUGCUCGACGCGUGUGAGGUUCUGCGCGGUUAUUCGGACUGCACCAAGCGCACGGCUCGCAGAUGCCGUGGAAACCUGCUGUUCCACUCGGCGCUGUACCGCAUCCGGGAGCUGUUCUCCCAGCUCAACUGCUCCAGGGAGGGUCCCGGGUACCCCCCUCCCCCUCCUCCUGGGGCGGACCCCAGCCACAACUCACCCCUAGGGCCUCCAGGGGGCGCUACCCUAUGUGACUACUGGAGGCGAGUGGAGGGCGAUGUCCACUCCGUCAGGCCGGACGCUGAGGGCUACACAGGGAUGAACGUCCACUGUGGGAUGUUUGGGGACCCUCACCUGCGCACCGUCAGGGACCAGUUCCAGACCUGUAAAGUGGAAGGGGCUUGGCCUCUCCUGGAUAACCCGUACCUGACCGUCCAGGUGACCAACACACCUGUGCUACGGGGCCUGGGCCCCACUGGCCUCACCAAGAUCACGGUGAUCUUUAAGGCUUUCAGCGGCUGCACGGAACAGAAGGUCUACCAGGCCACCGCAGACGUGGACGCAGACGGAGAUGACCUCCCUCUCGCCUUCACCGACGGCAGCCGCUCCAGCACAGAUGGCCACAGCCUGCGUGUCGACGCGGCAACUUCCCCCGGCGACGGCCCCGUCCAUGUGGUUCAGUUGCGGGCGACCCACGCUGGAGCGUCCAUCCUGGUGCGCCGGACGGGCCGGUCGCUGGGGUUCUCCGCCCGCCUUCCUGAGUCCUCGCUGGGGCAGGAGCGGCGGGGGGAGCUGGGGGAGGAGGCGGCGGGGGGGAUGCAGCUCUGCCUGCACGGAUGCCCUCGCGCCGAGCUGCUGCAGGAGUACGUCUGGGGGGGUCACGGAGGCAGGGGGGGCAACCCCAGCACUCUAGUACCCCUCCUGCCCCGUCCAGCCACCCCAGAGUGGGGCUACAGCACUGAGAGGGCCAGGCUGGAGUGCAGCCUGCUGUUGCCCCGAGAGGACUUCUACUUCCAGGCGUGUGUGUUCGACCUGCAGGCCUCGGCAGACUCAGGCUUCUCCAGGGCCGCUCUCUGGGCCUCACAGGACCUAAAGACUCUGUUUCCCAGCAUGCCGCAGCAGCCCCGGAACCUGAGCAGGACAGCGGGGGUCUCAGGGGCGCAGCUCAGACCCAACACCAGGGCGGCGACGAUGGGCACUCUGUCUGUGUGCCUGGUACUAGUGCUGCUGUUUGCAUAGUCUACACCUGGAGCUGUAGACUUUUUGUUUGAAUGUGUGCGUGUUUAGACCUUGUGCCUUUACCAACCAUCAUCAAGCUCAGGUGAAGCAAAUCAAGCCAUUACAUUGCUGAUACACACAAUACACGCACACACAACAAGGACACACAUACAUACACACACACAUGCAUGGAUAUGUAGACCUAAACCUCAGUUAUGAUUGAGAUCUCCUGCUUUGAACCCUGUGAAUGAAUAGAUAUAGACGGAUAUGAAGUAUUUUCAGAAAGCGAGGAUGUAUUGUCUGGAUGUGCUGUCUAGAUAUUCAGUAUGGAUGUGCUGUCUAGAUAUUUAGUGUGGAUGUGCUGUAUGGAUAUUCAGUAUGGAUGUGCAGUCUAGAUAUUCAGUGUAGAUGUGCAGUCUAGAUAUUUAGUGUGGAUGUGCUGUAUGGACAUUCAGUAUGGAUGUGCAGUCUAGAUAUUCAGUGUAGAUGUGCAGUCUAGAUAUUCAGUGUAGAUGUGCAGUCUAGAUAUUUAGUGUGGAUGUGCUGUAUGGAUAUUCAGUGUGGAUGUGCUGUCUAGAUAUUCAGUGUGGAUGUGCAGUCUAGAUAUUCAGUAUGAAUGUGCUGGAUAUUCAGUGUGGAUGUGCAGUCUAGAUAUUCAGUGUGGUGUAAGUGAUAUGAACCAGACCCAAAUUGAAGCCCUGAUCACUCAUCACUGCAGUAUCCGCCUCCCCAGAAGCUUCUGCUGCACAGAUACGCUGGGGGCAGCCAUUAGCUGUUUGGCUACUCAACUCUACUCGAUUCCAAUGACUAAUAUCAUUCUAUACAGUUCAGAUGGUUAGAACUUAUGUACUCUUUUGUCUGUUUUCGUAUGUUUGUGUAUGUAUGUAUGUCAGUACAGUAUGUAUGUAUGUAUGUAUGUAUGUGCAAAAUAACACUACACUUUUUCUGAAUGGAGAAAAAUAAAACUGAUCAGUUCAAUAGCAAUUUCAAA